GGGCUCUCUGGGCGGAACCCCGAUCGUCAUGUUAAGGUGAAGCAGAGGGGCUCAGUGCUGACCAUGCUAAGGAGGCUGGACAAAAUCCGGUUCAGAGGUCACAAGAGAGAAGACUUCCCCGACCUGGCAGAGUCCCCCAACGCCUCGGACACUGAAUGCGGGGAUGAGAUUCCCCUGAAGAUCCCUCGGACUACACCCCGCGACAGCGAGGAGCUGAGGGACCCUGCUGGUCCGGGGACACUCAUCAUGGCUGCAGGGGUCCAGGACUUCAACCGGACGGAGUCUGACCGGCUGAACGAGAUCAAAGGCCACCUGGAAAUCGCCCUGCUGGAGAAGCACUUUCUCCAGGAGGAGCUUCGGAAGCUGCGCGAAGAGACCAACGCGGAGACGCUGCGGCAGGAGCUGGAGCGUGAGCGGCAGAGGCGACUGGAGCUGGAGCAGAGGGUCCAGGAGGUGCUCAAGGCCAGGUCCGAAGAGCAGCCAGCUCCGCCCCCCAGAGGACCGACCCAGGUCAGCAACGGAGCAGAGCAGAGAGGCCAGGGACUGUGUGCCCGCUUCCAGAAGUGGUGUUACGACAGGUUCGGGGAGUACAUCGAAGACUUCCGGUUCCAACCUGAGGAGAGCACUGUGGAGGCAGAGGAGCCCCUCAGUGCCAGGAGGUUAACAGAAAACAUGAGGAGACUCAAGCGUGGUGCCAAGCCCGUCACCAGCUUUGUCAAGAACCUCUCUGCCUUGUCCGACUGGUACUCUGUCUACACGUCUGCCAUCGCCUUCAUUGUGUACAUGAACGCCGUGUGGCAUGGCUGGGCCAUCCCCAUGUUCUUGUUCCUGGCGAUCCUGCGAUUGUCUCUCAAUUUCCUCAUUGCCAGGGGCUGGAGAAUUCAGUGGAGCAUUGUGCCUGACGUGUCCGAACCUGUGGAACCUCCUAAGGAAGACCUGACUGUGUCGGAGAAGUUCCAGCUGGUGCUGGACGUGGCCCAAAAGGCCCAGAACCUCUUCGGUAAGAUGGCCGAUAUCCUGGAGAAGAUCAAGAACCUGUUCAUGUGGGUGCAGCCCGAGAUCACACAGAAGCUGUACGUGGCGCUGUGGGCCGCCUUCCUCGCCUCCUGCUUCUUCCCCUACCGCCUGGUGGGCCUUGCCAUGGGGCUCUACGCCGGGGUCAAGUUUUUCCUCAUCGAUUUCAUGUUUAAACGCUGCCCGAGGCUGCGCGCCAAGUACGACACACCCUACAUCAUCUGGAAGAACCUCCCCACGGACCCCCAGCUCAAGGAGCGGGCCAGCGCCACCGUGUCUCGCCGGGUCCAGACCACGUCCUCACGGAGCUGUGUCUCGAGCACACCGGCCAGCCUGGGCAGGGAGGAGGACUCCAGCCGCUUCCACGGCACCAAGAAGGGCAACUUCCAUGAAAUCUUCAACCUGACGGAGAACGAGCGGCCGCUUGCAGUGUGUGAGAGCGGCUGGCGCUGCUGCCUCAUUAACAGGGACCGCAAGAUGCCCACGGACUAUAUCCGGAACGGCGUGCUCUAUGUGACAGAGAAUUACUUGUGCUUCGAGAGUUCCAAAUCGGGGUCUUCAAAACGGAAUAAGGUCAUUAAGCUGGUGGACAUCACAGACAUACAGAAGUACAAGGUCCUCUCAGUCCUCCCGGGCUCUGGUAUGGGGAUUGCUGUCUCCACACCCUCCACCCAGAAACCGCUGGUGUUCGGGGCCAUGGUGCACCGUGACGAGGCGUUCGACGCCAUCUUCAGCCAGUACAUGAAGAUCACAGCUGCGGCCGCGGUGGGCGGGGACAGCUAG